AGUUAUUUUCAAUUCGUUUGUUGAGUUGGCUGCAGAGGAGAUUGAUGGCGUUAAGAAGAUCAUGGAUAAUGAACGGGUUUGGGCUGUUGGGCCUUUGGUUCCUAUCAAAGCUGGCUCUGAACGAGGUGGUUCCAGCUCAAUCUCAUCCGAUAAACUGAUCGGCUGGCUUGAUUCGUGCCAAGUUGACAGAUCAGUGGUGUAUGUUGGAUUUGGGACACAAAUCACACUAAAGAAAAAGCAGAUGGAGGUCCUAGCGAAUGCACUAGAACAAAGUGGAGUUCGCUUCAUCUGGGCUGUCAAAGCAGCUCGAAACGAAGACGAUCAAGACCAGAGUAUGGUUCCGGAAGGGUUCGAAGAUCGUGUGGCUGGGAGGGGCAUUGUGAUCAAAGGUUGGGCCCCACAAGCGGCUAUUCUCGAACACCGAGCUGUGGGUGCAUACUUGACACAUGGUGGUUGGAACUCGGUGCUCGAAGCCCUACGCGGCGGCGUUAUUUUGUUGGCCUGGCCAAUGCAAAUCGAUCACUUCCACAAUGCAAAGCUAUUUGUCGAUGAAUUGGGGGCCGCAGUCCGAGUUUGUGAAGGCUUGGAGACUGUCCCUGACUCAGAUGCAUUGACUCGGAUUCUGACUGAUUCAGUGAGUGUGGAUGCACCUGAGAGGAUUAAAUUUAUGGAGUUACGAGAGAAAGCACUGAAAGCUAUUGGAAAAGGUGGAAGCUCUUACAAGGCACUAGAUUUAAUAGUGGAAGACUUAUUCAACCUGUAAUUCAUACAAGCUUAUUCUUUAGAUAUCUGAUAUGCUCUUAAAUUUGGUCAGGAUAUCCGAUAUGAGUCUAAAUUAAGGUCGUCAU